UGUUACAAAAGUACAAUGAUUGGGCAAACAGUAUUAAAAUAAGGAAUAAAGAAUAUAAAUGUGUUGUAUUGCGUUGUGUGCAGUGCCGUCUCAGGCUAAUAUGUUUUGGAUCGGAGAGAAAGAGUCAGUGCGUUGUGCGCGUGUGCUUCAGAACAUUAUGGAAGGUGGCCGGAAGCCGUUGAAGCCGCGCCUUGAGCGCCGGAACGCCAUGAAGAACAUCGAUUACCGGUUAAAGGAGGAUGAAGACACAGACACCGAAACGGACAUAGACAUAGGUAGUUUGGAUGAAAGGAGUUUCCGAGUGGAAGGAAUUGACGGCGAAUUCGACCGUAUAUUUCGGAGCUUGGGCCUGUCCGGGCCCGAGGACUUUGCCAUCCCGGCGGCGGCUUGGAAAGAAGCCCAGGCCCAGAAGGCCCGCAGCACAGUGAACCUUCAACACGAACCGCCACAAAAUAAAAAGCAGAGAGAGGGGGGAAUAAAGGGCGUUAGGCCUCCCAUUUUGGAACCGACGCAGGUUACCUCCACUUGGACCUCCCAACAACCAACGGUUUCUGAUUCCGUGUCACGUGAUGAAGACAGUGAUGUUGGUGUUAAAGCUGAAAUUGAAAAGGUUUCUGCUUUGGUCGGGAAUGAGACCUUUGAUAUUCAAAACCUGUCGCCGAAUGCAACCGGAUAUUUCGGGUCGUGGCAAAAAGGCGAGAUCUUGGGAAAGGGCUCUUUUGGAACUGUAUAUGAAGGCUUCACGGACGAUGGGAACUUUUUUGCCGUAAAGGAGGUGUCUUUAUUGGAUAACGACAGCCAGGGCAAACAGAGCAUUUUCCAGCUUCAGCAGGAAAUAUCUCUUUUGAGUCAGUUCCGACACGACAACAUAGUUCGAUAUAUUGGCACUGACAAGGACAAUGACAAGCUGUAUAUCUUCCUCGAACUUGUAACAAAAGGAUCGUUGGCAAGUCUCUAUCAAAAGUAUCGAUUAGGGGACUCUCAAGUUUCUGCAUACACAAGACAGAUUUUGAGUGGCUUGAAGUAUCUUCAUGAUCGCAAUGUGGUUCACAGGGACAUCAAGUGUGCCAAUAUAUUGGUUGAUGCAAAUGGGUCCGUCAAGCUUGCAGAUUUUGGAUUGGCGAAGGCAACCAAGCUGAAUGAUGUUAAAUCAAGUAAAGGCUCUCCGUACUGGAUGGCCCCUGAGGUUGUUAACUUGAGGAACCGUGGAUAUGGGUUAGCAGCUGAUAUAUGGAGCUUAGGAUGUACAGUAUUAGAGAUGUUGACACGCCAACCUCCUUAUUCUCAUUUGGAAGGAAUGCAAGCGAUAUUUCGAAUUGGCAGUGGUCAACCCCCACCUGUUCCGACAUCUUUGUCAACAGAUGCACGAGAUUUUAUUCUUAAAUGCUUACAAGUUAACCCAAACAAACGGCCAACUGCUGCUGGGCUAUUAGACCAUCCAUUUGUAAAGAGACCACUUCUGUCUCCCAUAAGUCCUGUUUCUCCAAGUAUCAACCUUUUACUGUCCUAAGAGAUUCUCAACAUCCUCUGAGAUUGUUUUGCAGACAUGACCCUAGCUUCUUCUUCUGGUCACGGUUCUUUUCCCUUUUUGUCAAGUUGUAAGUAUUAGAGCAAUGGUUAUUAGUGUUUGUAGCCACCCUUUACAUCUGUGAAUAGGAAGCUAAGAAAGGGAAGUAGCUACCUAACAAAGGAACUGGUAGUUUUUAUUGUAAUCAGUCUGUCGACUUUCUCUUCAAUUAGAACAACACAGGGCUUUUGUACAUAGCUUAAUCAAGGUUUUCCACUUCAUCACAAUGCAAUUACCUUAAACAUUCUUUAUGUCAA